UUCUUUGAAUCCUUCGAUUCUUCAAUUGGGAAACAAAAUUAAUUGAGACGUCUACUAAUUUCAUAUUCCUUUCUACAUGCAAAUUAGAAUGAGUAGUCAGAAUCAGAACCCUAGGUUGCGACGAACAGAGAGAAGACAAGUUAGUAGGCGAUGACGAAGGACGAGAGGUAUGGAAGAGGAGAUGGUGGCAGGUUGAUGGCAGUUAAAAUUAGGCGAAGCGGAGAGUGUGGCGGUGGAGGGAGAGGACUAACCUCUUGGGUCUCAUCAGUGGAGGAAAGGAGAAGACGAUUUCUUCUAGGGAGGAGGAAAAGAAGACGGCGGCAGGGGAGCUUGGAUUUGAUGUGUUUGCUACUAUAUGUUGUUGCUAAUAGGUACUUCUUACUUGAGCUCUAUAUCCCACUCUUGUUAAUUAUGUACUUUUGCAUUUGUAAUACAGUUUUGCUGGACCCGAUGGAACCAUCCAAAGACGUUUUGGAGAAGGAACAAACCAUUUCUGAUUCGGCUAUACUAUCUGAGAUUGAUAGAACUAUGAAGAGACAUGGUGUUAAUUCUAGACUGAUCUAGUUGGAGAGCAGAACCCGCCACGGCGCCACCUCAAGAGUUCUAUGGUUUAUUUGAGGGUUUUAUAUUCAUUUUGCCGAUUUCUGCCACUGGAAGAGUUUGGUGUUGGGUUUUUUGCAGGUUGCGGCCACUGGAGAGUUAGAUUAGAAUUAUGAUUGUUUUCUGUUAGGCUCACUUCGAAUCAUGGUGGAGCUUAGCAAAAAACGAGUAUGAUGUAUGCUGCUUGUAUGUAGUUGUUUUGAAUUAAAAAUU